AUGCCUUCCCACAAGAAAGUUGCUCCUGCUCCCUUGGGCUCGAAAGCCCCCAAGUCGACCGAGCCCAAGAACCCCCUCUUGGACUCGACCCCCAAGAACUUCGGCCUCGGCCAGGCGAUCCAACCUAAGCGUAACUUGCUGAGAUAUGUCAAGUGGCCCGAGUACGUCCGUUUGCAACGCCAGAAGAAGGUGUUGCAAAUGAGAGUCAAGGUGCCCCCUGCCAUCGCUCAAUUCCAACACACGUUGGACAAGAACACCGCGGCGCAAGCGUUCAAGUUGUUCCACAAGUACCAACCGGAAACCGCUGCUGCCAAGAAGGAAAGAUUGACCAAGGAGGCCGCCGCCGUCGCUGAAGGGAAGUCGGCUAAGGACGUGUCGCCCAAGCCCGUCGUAGUGAAGUACGGUUUGAACCACGUCGUCGCUCUUAUUGAAGCCAAGAAGGCCAAGUUGGUCCUCAUCGCCAACGACGUCGACCCCAUCGAAUUGGUCGUGUUCUUGCCCGCUUUGUGCAAGAAGAUGGGUGUCCCCUACGCCAUCGUCAAGGGCAAGGCCAGACUCGGGACCUUGGUCCACCAAAAGACCUCUGCCGUCGCCGCUUUGACCGAAGUCGAAGCCGCUGAUGAAGCUGAGCUCUCGAAGUUGGUGUCGGCCAUCAACGCUAACUUCGCCGAAAAGUACGAAGACGCCCGCAGACAAUGGGGUGGUGGUAUCUUGGGUGCCAAGUCGCAAGCCAAGCAAGCGAAGAAGGACAAGAUCGCCGCCGCCGCCGCUGCCCCCGUCUCCAAGGCUGCUUAA